AUGCCCCGCAAGAAUGCUAUCAUGGCUGAGGAGCGUCCAAUUGGAGGUGCAAUAUGGUUCGUAUGCACAGGUGGUUCACCGACGAGACUGAAGUUGUACGCCGAAUGGUUUUCCAAGGAGUGCAACUUGGAGUGCAGCGAAAAUCUCUCGAAAAGCGAUCGUUUUGUGAUGUACAAAACUGGUCCAGUGCUUUGGAUCAACCAUGGAAUGGGAACACCAUCGUUGAGUAUCAUGUUGGUCGAAGCGUUGAAAUUGCUGCACCACGCCAAGGCAAAAGACGUC